GCAAUUCUAAUGUACGGAAACGUAGAUAAGCCGCUGCAACCUUAUUUAAAGUCGACACCAUUAAUAAUACACUUCAGUUCUUCGCUGCGUUGACAAAAAUGAUGAAAUUACGUUUGACAACUCUCGCCGUGGUCGUUUUGGCUGUGGCCAUGAGCAAUGGUCAAAUCAGUUCCUCAAUCGAGGAUUCAAUUCCACCCUUCACCAUGUCCGAAAUGGAAGCCCGCAUGAGUCUCAACUCUAUCUUAACCGGCACCACUGCUCAACUAAACAAAGUCAUCAAUACAAUCAGAGCGCAAAUGUUAAGCGUCACCGGUAAUCUCAAUUCCGCCAUUGAUUCAGUCAUGGGUUCUGGUACCAACUACAUUAAAAACAUAAUCGCUUCAAUGACAAACCGUGAACAAUUAAUGAACAACGAAAUCGGCGUUAUUCAGCAACAAUUCAACGACAGCAAGUACGACAAAUGCUUCGUGCAAAACCCAGCCACUGCUUUCCUCAACAGUUCCAUCAAUGGCGCCACCAAAUGCGUGACUGACGUGCUUGACACCGCACAAAACACACUUAAUAGUCUUACCACCAACAUCAACACUGUGUUGAGCACCCUCACUGGUAAUUCCGUGGCUGAAAACUGCAAGAACAGCAUGAUGGGCGAAUGGAUGUGCCAACAGAUGCAGAAUACCUAUGCAAUGACUUCACUUGUUUCUGCCGCAGCUAACAUUUCAGCCACUUCAGCCACCGCCAUUGUUUACUUCAGCAGUCUGCCACAAACCUUCAUUCCUUGCGCUGUAUAUAGUGCUCGGUUUGAAAAGUUUGCAUUUAAUGCUUUGCGCAACGUUACUAACUGCGUUCACUCAAUAAUGAAUGCGCAAUAAUGCGUUGAUAAAUAAAAAGUAUAAAAAUGAGGUUAUGUUGGCGCAACAUUGUCUCAUUUAUCCUUGCAAAACAAAUGUGGCGUGUUUACGACUGAAUUAAACAUUUUUGCAUUUUAACAA